AUGAAAAGUAACGUUGUUCCUAAUGUUUUGAUGCAUGUGUACUGGUGGAAGACAACAUAUCAUUCAUGCAACGUCAAAUGUACAGUUUGGAGUCAUUGGGGAAGUUGGAAUGGAUGGGGGUCUUGUUUUGGUAACUCAUGCAUUGGGCAGCAACUGAGGAGUAGGUCUAGGAAAUGUAGAAAUCCAGGACUUUCUUGGGGAUUUUGGAUAUAUAGGAGGCGUGGAUGUAUUGGACAAUCUAAACAAACAUCAAAGAAACAAUGUUUGAGAAGGGUAAAUGGAGGCUGGAGCUCAUGGGGGCCAUGGCGAACAUCUGGUGCGUGUUCAAAGACAUGUGGACAAGGGUUAAUAUUGACCACGAGAGAAAGAACGUGCUCCAAUCCACGUCCCCGAUGUUACGGAAAACACUGCCCUGGAUCAUCAAAAGUCAGCUUCGUCAAGAAAUGUUUUGUGAAGCAUUGCAUAGUAAACGGGGGCUGGGGUUCCUGGCAGACGUGGAGUAAUUAUGGUACAUGUUCAAAAACAUGUGGAUCUGGGAAAAAAGAAAGGCAUAGAGAAAGAUACUGUAAUAACCCAGUCCCAAAAUACGGGGGAGCGGCAUGUCAUGGGAGGAGUAAGGAGAAAGAAUCAGCCAUUUGCAAUGUUCAACAUUGCAAAGUGAAUGGUAAGUGGAGUGGUUGGGGUAACUGGGGUCACUUCCGGCAUUGCUCUGAGACAUGUGGUCAUGGAGUACGGUAUCGGUACCGGUACAGGGAAUGUAACAAUCCAGAACCUGAGCACGGCGGAAAAAAAUGUCCCGGAUCAUUGAGGGACGAAGAAUUCAAGCGUUGUUUUCUGAGGAAAUGUCCAAGUAAGACAAUAACAAUUACAUUUAUUAAAAUAAAUUGCUUCUGUUUGUAA